GGUGGUCUAGUGGUAUGAUUCGCGCUUAGGGUACACCCUUAGCUUAGUUUGCGCGAGGUCCCGGGUUCAAUCCCCGGCCAGACCCCAACAUUGAAUUUUUGACUUUUACCAGAUUUCACCCGUCACCUUUGCUGCAUUUUUGCAUCUUACCUGAAAUAAUGCCUUGUUGUAUCACUUGUAUCACUUGUAUCUAUUUAGGGAAAAUUGCUUUGGGUUUUCCAUUUCUUUUUGCUUUCACCACCACGGUACCGGACAAGUCUUUUCCAACGGUCACGCACAAUAGAUCAGUCACCGUAGCCGAGAAUGGCGAAAGUCCUCUUGGAAAGGACUCCCUCAGCUCCUCACUUAACAGCCGCAAGCCGCAACUUAGCUCAAGUGUACUAUCAAAAUCCAUCUGAUGAGAGAAUUUGCGACGCAUUUGAUUUUUCCAUAAUUAGUCACACAUAAGACCAGCUGAUCGGUUUGCCUGGUCUGAUUCGAGGGUCUCCUGACCCUUUCUGAGUUUCUCAUCUGGUCUUGGAAACAGACGACGCGUCUCACGAUCCUCUGAUCAUCGACGCACAUGAGAAUGUUCAAGCGGUAACCUAAUCCUGAAGAGUAACGCCACUUCCUUGCCUACUCAUGCUAACGAAAAGGUACUUUCACCUCUACUUCGACGGUGGUAAAUCGAAAGCCGAAACUCAUACUAUUAUUACAACGUUUUCGCUUAAUCAGAUCAAGAUAACUA